CCGGUGAUUCAAUCAUUCAUUGUUUGCUCAUUGUGUGUGUCAAUAUUGAAAUCUGCUUCUCAUUUUCGUUGUAACCAAACAAUUUUCGAUUUUUAUUCAAAUGGCCGAUCCAAGACUGCGCCAGAUUACAAUUAAAACUGGAGUUGUCAAACGAUUAGCAAAAGAAAAAAUUUCGUACGAAAAGGAGGCGACACAACAACGGAAACGUAUCGAUCGGUUAAAAACAGAAGGUGCCGAUGAUCAUGUUUUGAGAAAGGAGGAGGAAUGCUAUCAGGAAUCGUUGAUGAUGGUGCCGGAUUGUCAACGAAGAUUGGUCAAAGCUUUCACCGAAUUGGAUGAAUACUUGAAAAACGAAUUAGAGCUUAACGAAACCAAGGAAUAUCUCGCUGCAUUUGCCGUUCUGUCUGAAGCCAAAGAGCAGAUGGAAAAUUCGUUGUAAAUCGUUGAAUAUGCCGCGCGAAUCCAUCACUAAAACUAUGCACCAACAAAAUAUCUACCAACAACAACAACCACAAUUUCCAAAUUUCACCCAUCCACCACCAUCAAUUGAAUUUUCUCUGCCCCACAUUGAUGAUGCAACAAUUGAACGUUUUUUAAUCGACCGAAAUCAUUUAGCAAUUCAAGUCGGUGAACCGAACGUUUACAAUCAUUUCAAAAUUAAUGGCAGAGAUCGGCUGACUGUGAUACAAAUGAACUUAACGAAUUUAAUCAGACAGCAGCAAAUGGACGAAACUAAUCUAAAAAAUAACAUUGCUCACCUAGCACCUGCUCCAUGGGAGGACAAAGUAAAUUCAAUCAAACAAAAUCAAAUCAAAAUCGCAAAAUUGUUGACGAAGUUCGAGGCAUUAUCAUCAUCGGAAGUGGCGAAAACAACAGUCGUAAAAAGACGAAAAAACAAAAGGAAAAUGAGAAAAGCACGUUCCACCAAGCAGGAAUUAACAAACAACACAGUAGAAGAAGCAGCAGCAACAAAAAGACCCAAAUUCGAAGAUGACUUAGAACAAUCGUACGAAAAGUACGAGAUGGAACGUAUACGGACUGCAAAUUUGAAACGGUCCAAUGAAUGUAAGAGACAGCUAGCCAUGUUGGAAUCAUUAGUCGAAUUAAGAUGCAUUCGCCGCAAAAACUCCAAUGUUACUGGAUCCGGUCAUACGUCCAGCGAAAAAUGUUUUAUCGAGCAAAUCGAUCAACUCAAAUCCAAAUGGAACGAAGCUCUGGAGAAGUGCAACUCUCUGGAAAAUAAAUUGAAAAUGUUGCUGACCAGCACUGCUUCUCAGCUUUGGUUAAAUGCUUUAUUUUCGAAUACCGAAGCGCCGUUCGUCGAUAACACUGCGGACGUUAAAGCUCUCUUGGAUAUUAGAAAAUCAUGGGACUUGUGUCUCGUCACCAAUGCAAAUGUUUUCGGAUCGUCAAUUCCUCCCGGAUGGGUUCUACCUAAUCCAACGCCAUCUAACGAGUGGGUGCCGUUUCUGGUUAAAUAAUUUUUUUUUUCUUAAAUUUAAUUUUUGUAAUAAAUGGAAUUGCUUCAGCAAAU